CGGCGGAACCUUUGCGCGGGGACGGCCGGAAGUCCCCCGGACGGGAUAUCCCGGCGGCACCGCGGACCGUCCUCUUCCGGUGGUGGCGUUGUCGUUGGCGGGAGGUCACUUGAACCAUGGCCAAGUCCAAGAACCACACCAACCACAAUCAGUCCAGCAAGUGGCACAGAAAUGGAAUCAAGAAGCCCAAAUCGUUUCGAUUUGAACCCCUGAAAGGAGUUGAUCCUAAGUUUCUAAAGAACAUGCGGUUUGCCAAGAAGCACAACAAAAAAGGGAAGAAAAGAAUUGAAGGCAAAAAAUAAACUGGAAAUAGCAGCGCUAUAACAUCCUGACAAGCCAACAUCUGCAGCCCUUGGACAAUGGUGGCCAAGUGGAAUAUGUAUUUUUGAAUUGUUCAUUUUGAAUAAAAUGAGUGUGUGAAAGUUGAA